CGGCUAGCCAUAUCGUAAUUCACAUCUCACACCUCGGGAAAGCAUUCGAUGCGAUCCACAUCUCGACUCCGACUUCCAAGCACCCCCACAAUCAGCCUCUUCAUUCACACUAGUCGGUAGCAAAUCUGAUUGGUUGAAAUCUCGACGUGUUCGCGCGGGAUGCCGAUUUUGGGCUAGCUUGUUGCCCGUCUCUGUCAGUCACGUAUAUCAAGAUCGUAUAUGCCGAUUCACUUUCUACUAUCAGGCACUCUCAAAACUCGCACCCACCCUCUCACUAUGACUGUCACCGAGGCCAACUUCUCUGCACCUGCGCAGAGCAUUGAGUGCCAUGGGUUGCUAUUUGACAUGGAUGGCACCAUCAUCGAUUCAACACCAGCCAUCGUCAAGCAUUGGCACAAGAUUGGCAAAGAGAUCGGUGUCGACCCAGAAGUGAUUCUUGAGACCUCACACGGCAGACGUUCAAUAGAUGUUCUCCAAAUAUACGAGCCAAAACUCGCCAAUUGGGAGUACAUCAGCCACGCUGAAGGUCAGAUCCCAGUCCAGUUUGGCUCAGAUGCUGUGGAGGUCUCCGGCUCUCGCGCCAUGCUGGAUCGACUCGAAGAGCAGUCUGUCCCAUGGGCCAUCGUCACCUCAGGCACGCGACCGCUGGUUACCGGAUGGCUAGAUGUCAUGAAGCUGGCGCAUCCUAAGAACAUUGUCACUGCCGAAGACGUGCCGAACGGUAAACCAGACCCAGCGUGCUACAAGAUGGGCGAGAAAAAACUACUGCUCCAACAGCAGAAGCCAUCUAUCGUUGUGUUCGAAGACGCUCCAGCUGGUGUUCGGUCAGGAAAGGCGGCUGGAUUCACUGUCGUCGCGCUUUACACUACGCAUUCUUUGGAGCAACUUGUCGAAGCUGGUGCUGACUACAUCGUCAAAGACAUGCGCAGUGUGACUUUGAAGCUGUGGGAUCAGAACACUGGGUCAGGACAGCUCGAGAUCAUUAACGCACUAUUGUAGGCGCAAUUAGGUGUGAAAAUAAACGACUUACCAGC